AUGGAUUUCACUGAGAUACACAAGCGAUCUCGACGGAAAAAAUUCCAGCAGAUACAUCAGGAUCGUAAAGAUGAAAUGAUUCAGCAAUUGGGACGAAGGUUCCAUAAUCAACCUUCAACAUCAGCCACUUACCCCUCCGCUGUAGAAGAUAUCCCUCUUCCUUCAGAAGUGCCUAAUGUUUUCGGAGCUCCACCUCCGUUAACAAACGCUGAUUUUCAUAGAAACUUUCUAGUGGAUCCAGACGUUGUUGUGUCACAUUCUGCAUCAUUAAUACGUUCGAAUAGACAUAUUGUGAAAGCGGAAGAUGCGGAACAGUAUAUGAUGGUAUCAAGGGAACGGGUCGGAACUACUGCGGAGAGGGUUCUCGAAGACUUCAACUCUAGAGUUAUCAAACCUUUGAAAGCCAAAAGACGUCUUCAAAUCGAUGUGCCUUAUAUCGACCAUCCUCUUCAUUCGAUGAGGAGUAAAACUCCAGAAAGGAAAGAGAACGAGGAAGAUAGUGACUCGGAAAUCAGGUCAUCUGAUUCUUCAAGUGAUGCUGAGUAUGGAUCUGAUGUUGAAGAAGAACCAGAUAGUUGUAGACGUAAAAAGAGAACUCACAAGAUUCAAAAAGCAGAUUCUUCGCAAACAAAAGUUGAAGAGAAAGAGAGACAAAAUACACUGCUGAGAAUGGGAAUCGAACGAAAAAGGAAUCAUCCGAACGCAAUUGAUCCCCAUAUUUCAUAUAACGAAAAAGGGCUAGGAAAUGAUAGUCCAGAGUGUAGAUGCCCUUUUCCUAUUCGUAAUCGUGGACUGAAACAUGGAUACUAUGCUGGGGAAAACCAAGUUCUGAAAUGCAGUAAAAAUGAUCGUGCGAAUCUACAUUACUAUACUCUACAUGUGACACCUGCACCGAAUGAAUCGCAGAUUCAAAAAACGCAGAUGCUCAUCAAUGGAAUGGAGUAUCAUUUUGAAGGGUUCACUAUGGUUACACAUGCUCCAUUACCUGAUUGUAUGACUAGACGUCCCGUCUUUAAAUACAGUAUCGAUUACGAGUUUCAGUUAAUAGAAGAAUUCAUGCCUACUGAAUGUUUCGACCCAGAAGAUUGCAACUCGAUUUUCGAAUACAUAUUCCAUGAUAUAUUUGAAUUGCUUGACUUUGAUUUAUACCCGAAACAUCUUCCACCUGGAACAGCUUCAUGUCCAACGAUUCAUAUCGUGCCUCGAUUCGUAGCAAUGGAAAACAACACAACCUUCAUUUGGUCUUCUAAAACAGUCCUUGCUUUCUUCCUUCUGCACGGAAAAAAUAAUAUGUUCAGUCCAGAAGAUGUCGAGAAAAACUGUGCGAUGUCUGAUGAUGCCUUCGGUCGGACGAUUGCAAAGUUGAAGCAGUCGAUAGUCCUGAAUCCAAUGAAGAAGCCUUCCGCGUUAAGGGCUGACUGGUUUUCCAGAGAUCUAGAAAACAAGGAGAUGUUUCUGAUUCAGAAUACUAUUCGAUCCCAAAAUUUUGCCUCCCCAUUCCUUCCCCAGAUUGCCGCUCUUGAGAAGAAAAUGAGUCGACUAAAGCAAGAAAAAAAGGAUUCUGGAAACAAAAAUCCACAUUACGAAAAUUUAAAAGCCGAGUUAAUAGUUUUGAAAGACAAGCACAGAGAAGCAAGGCAGCUGAAACUAAAACUACCAGUCAAAGACUACAUUGACACUGGGCUCAAACCAGAUGUGGUCGCUCAUGUCGCUAUGGCCAUUAUAGCCAGUCAUCAUAUUCGCUAUAAUUUCUCGCUGAGCGUUUUCGAGAAAGUCAUCGAGUACAAAUUCAACGAUCGGAGAAUAGUGGAGUUGGCUCUUAUUCAUUCUUCGUUCAGGUCUUACUAUGGAACAACACCUGAUCAUGUGAAGAAUAUGAUAAGUAAUUGUGGGUAUCGAAAAAAAUAUGGUGCUGAGGAGAGAAGAGAAAAGAAGAAAGGAAUCAUAAGUCUGUUCAAUAUCAUGGGCGGUGAAACAUCCGGGGGAGAACCAAUCUUGCACAAUGAACGUCUCGAGUAUCUUGGAGAUGCUGUUGUUGAAUUAAUUGCUUCUCACCAUCUCUUCUUCAUACUCAAUCAUCACUUUGAAGGAGGUCUUGCUACUUACAGAACUGCUUUGGUGCAGAAUCGUAAUUUAGCUAAACUGGCAAUGAACUGUAGAAUCGAUGAGAUGCUGCAGUUUGCUCACGGAGCAGAUCUAAUUAACGAAGCAGAAUGGAAACAUGCACUUGCUAAUGCUUUCGAAGCUCUGAUGGCGGGUGUGUUCUUGGAUUCAGGCAUUGCACCGUGUGAUGCAAUUUUCUCGAAAGCAAUGUAUGGAAAGGAUCCGGAGAUGAAAAAAGUGUGGGAUCAUCUUAAUGAGCACGAGCUCAAAAUUGAAGAUCCACUUGGAGAUCGAGAUUUAUCGCGUAUUACUCCAGCACUAACAGAUUUUCAUAGACUGGAACAAAUCAUUGGAAUCGAAUUCAACAAUAUACGACUCCUAGCCAAGGCGUUUACAAGGAGAAACGUUCCAUUCAACGAUUUGACUAAAGGACACAAUCAACGGCUCGAAUGGCUUGGGGACUCGGUUCUCCAGUUGAUCAUUUCAGAUUAUCUCUACCGUAACUUUCCACUUCACCACGAAGGUCACAUGUCACUUCUAAGAACCAGUUUAGUCAGCAAUCAAACUCAAUCUGUUGUCUGCGAUGAUCUGGGAUUUCAAGAGUUUGUAAUAAAAGCGCCACAUAGAAAAAAUGAUCUAAAAAUGAAAGAUAAAGCUGAUCUAGUCGAAGCUUUCAUCGGUGCCCUAUACGUGGAUAAAGGACUGGAGUAUUGUCGAAGUUUCAUUAGAACUGUCUUCUGUCCUAGAUUAAAGCACUUUAUCAAUAGUGAAAAAUGGAACGAUGCGAAAUCUCAUCUCCAGCAAUGGUGUCUUGCAAUUCGAGACUCGAGAAAUCCAAAUCCAGCUAUGCCAGAAUAUAGACUUCUUGGGAUUCAAGGACCAACAAAUAAUAGAAUUUUCAGAGUGGCUGUGUAUUUUAGAGGUGAACGACUUUCCUCGGCUGCUGCAUCGAACAUGCAUACAGCAGAGUUGAAGGCUGCAGAAAAUGCCUUAGCUGCUCUUGAAAAGGCGUCAUUCUCCAGAAUGAGAGAGAAAUACAUGAGUGGUCGACAACAUCGUCUCCAUCGUAUUUUCUUCAGCUAA